AUGCUGAGCCGGGUGCGCUUGGCGGUGGCUCACCUGGUGAAUUCCGGGGGGUCCUCACCUGCGCGCCCUGACACCCCGGAUCUGCCCGACGCCGCCCCUCCAGACGUGCCCAGGAGCCCCCUUGCCAAGGCAGGGAGCUCUACAGCCGCGAAGACGGCGGACGCCCGGGCGGGCUUCUCCCGACCGACCUUCCUGCAGCUCAGUCCUGGGGGGCUCCGGCGGGCCGACGACCACGCGGAUCGAGCGGUGCAGACGCCCCCCCAUACCGGCCGUUGCCUGCCCUGGAGGACGGGCUAUGCCGAGGUCAUCAAUGCCGGCAAGAGCCGACACAAUGAAGACCAAGCUUGCUGUAAAGCACUGCAUCUAGAAGGUCGGAAGAGUGUUUCUGGGUCACCCAGGGAGCCUGGCGGAGGUCUGGGACUCUGCUUCUACUACUGGGGCCUGUUUGACGGGCAUGCCGGGGGUGGAGCGGCUGAAAUGGUCUCUCGGCUCCUCCACUGCCACAUUCAAGAGCAGCUAAGGGACCUAGUGGAAAUCCUUCAGACACCCUCGCCACCUCCUGUCUGUCUCUCAGCCACUCCAGGAGCUGUAUGUUCCUCUGAUCUUUCCCCCCCUGUUCAGUGGCAGAAGGAAGUGUCUCAUGAAAGCCUAGUGGUGGGUGCUAUUGAGAGGGCCUUCCAGCUCAUGGAUGAGCAAUUGUCCCAGGAGCAACAGGACCACCAUGUAGAGGGGGGCUGUUGUGCCCUGGUGGUGGUAUACUUGGCAGGCAAGGUGUAUGUGGCCAAUGCGGGGGACAGCAGAGCCAUCAUUGUCCGGAAUGGUGAAAUCAUUCCAAUGUCUCGGGAGUUCACUCCGGAGACGGAGCGCCAGCGAGUUCAGCUGCUUGGCUACCUGAAACCAGAACUGCUGGGGGCCGAAUUCACCCACCUUGAGUUUGCCCGCAGAGUGCAGCCAAAGGACCUGGGCCAGAGGAUGCUCUAUCGGGACCAGAACAUGACGGGCUGGGCCUACAAAAAGAUCCAACGGGAGGAUCUCAGGUUCCCUCUGGUCUGUGGGGAGGGCAAAAAGGCACGAGUGAUGGGCACCAUUGGGGUGACCCGGGGCUUGGGCGACCACAAUCUCAGGGUGUGCAGUUCCACCCUGCCCAUCAAACCCUUUCUCUCCUGCUUUCCCGAGGUGCAAGUUUAUGACUUGGCACAAUAUGAGCACUGCCCUGAUGACGUGCUAGUGCUGGGGACAGAUGGGCUAUGGGAUGUCACCAGCGACAUGGAGGUGGCCGCCACUGUGGACAGGGUGCUGUCGGCCUAUGAGCCCAAUGAUCCCUGCAGGUACACAGCUCUGGCCCAAGCUCUGGUCCUGGGGGCCCGGGGCAACCCCCAGGAUCGUGACUGGCGUCUCCCCAACAAUAAGCUCGGUUCUGGAGAUGACAUCUCAGUCUUCGUCAUUCCCCUGGGAGGACCAUGCAUUUACUCUUGAGGGACUCAGCUCCAACCCUCCUGCCACCAGGCCAACCUCUCCAUGCCCACCCCUCGCCCACCCCAAAUCCUGAAGUUGUGUUUGGUGGCAACUUAACUCUUCUGAGGUGUCUGUGACAUCCAGAUAUGACUGAAUCUGAUCUGUUGGCAAAUAAACCAGAUGGAUAAA